AUGUCCGAGUUCAAGCUGAAGGGCCUCAGUUCGGUGUCGCUGCAGCCCGGCGACAAGCAGGAAGUCGAAGUCGACGGUAUCGAGGGCGCCAAGGUGCUGCUUGCCAAUGUCGCAGGCAAGAUUACAGCUUUGGGCCCCAACUGCACCCAUUAUGGAGCUCCGUUAGUCAAGGGCGUGUUGACAAAGUCGGGACGACUGACUUGCCCGUGGCAUGGAGCAUGCUUCAACGGCACGACGGGUGACAUCGAGAACGCACCAGCGCUAGACUCCCUGGCCACAUUCAAGGUCGUCGAGAAGGAUGGUGCAGUCUACGUACAGGGCGAGGAAGCAACCAUCAAGGCCGGCCGACGAAAGCCCAACUUCAAAUGCAGUACGAACGGCUCAUCUCAGACAGACAAGGUUGUCGUGGUUGGUGGCGGCAGCGGAGCCCUCGGCGCCAUCGAAGCCUUGAGAGAAAAGGGAUACACCGGACCCAUCACCAUGAUCUCGGACGAAGGCUACCUACCCAUCGACCGAACCAAGCUGUCAAAAGCCCUCAUGACCGACCCCUCCAAACUCCAAUGGAGAGACGCCAACUGGUUCAAGUCUGGCUCCGUCGAGAUUGUGCAGGACAAGGUCGUGGAUGUCGACCUCAACAACAAGACCGUUACCACGGAAAGCAAGGAGAAAUACCAAUACAAUAAGCUCAUUCUUGCUACCGGCGGCUCGCCUCGCAGCCUGCCGCUCCCGGGCUUCAAGGUUCUGGAAAACAUCUUCUUGCUCAGAAACAUUCAUCACGCCAAGAAGAUUGUGGAUGCCAUCGGGGAUAAGGGCAAGAAGAUCGUCAUCAUUGGUAGCAGUUUCAUCGGAAUGGAAGUUGCCAAUGCCACGGUCGCGGACAACGACGUCACUGUUGUUGGUAUGGAAAGUGUCCCGCUGGAGAGAGUGAUGGGUAAGGAGGUCGGUGCCGGCCUACAGAAGGCCCUGGAGGGUAAGGGUAUCAAGUUCAAGAUGUCGGCAGGCGUGGACGAGGCCGAGCCCUCUGGUUCAGACCCGGCCAAGGUGGGAGCGGUAGUCCUGAAAGACGGCACCAAGCUGGAGGCCGACCUGGUCAUCUUGGGCGUCGGUGUCGCGCCUGCUACUGAGUACCUGAAGGAGAACAAGGUGAUUCGCCUGGAGGAGGACGGGUCUUUAAAGACGGACGAGAACUUCCUGGUGACGGGUCUCAAAGACGUCUAUGCUAUCGGAGACAUCGCUUCAUACCCAUACCACGGCCCAGGCGGCAACGGCAACUACACCAGAAUCGAGCACUGGAACGUUGCUCAGAACCAGGGCCGCACCGCUGCGAACCACAUCGUCAACCCAGCGUUGAAGCCCGUCUUCUUCACGCCAGUCUUCUGGUCGGCACUGACGGGACAGCUGCGGUAUUGUGGAAACACGAUGAACGGAUGGGACGAUAUGGUGCUCCAGGGGAAUGUGGAAGAGGGCAAGUUCGCGGCCUACUACUGCAAGGGCGAGACAGUUGUCGCGAUGACCAGCAUGGGGUGGGACCCGGCCAUGUCCAAGACGGCCGAGCUGAUGAAGAUGGGUGCCAUGCCGUCCAAGAAGGAACUGAGGGAUGGCCUGGACAUUCUGGAUGUUGCGCUUCCGAAUUGA